AUGAAGGCAAUGGAGUUUUGGAUAUGAAACAUGGGAAGGAGCCUCCAGGACCCAGACCACUGCCCCUGCUUGGUAACAUCCUGCAGCUGGAUCCCCACAAGCCCUAUAUUACCCUUUGCAAGUCCCACCACCAUGUUGGGGACAGCUCUGGUUCUGCUGCUUGUUUACUUCUUUUCUUCCCUCGAUCAAGACUGUGGGAAGGAGCCUCCAGGACCCAGGCCACUGCCCCUGCUUGGUAACAUCCUGCAGCUGGAUCCCCACAAGCCCCAUAACACCCUUUGCAAGCUCUCAAAGAAAUAUGGAUCUGUAUUCACUGUGUACUUUGGACCGAAGAAAGUGGUGGUCCUAGCAGGAUACACGACAGUCAAGCAGGCACUAAUCAACCAAGCACAAGAGUUUGGGGAGAGAGAAAUUGCCCCGGUUUUUAUGGACAUCAAUCAAGGACAUGGAAUUCUAUUUGCCAAUGGAGAUUCAUGGAAGGAGAUGAGACAUUUUGCCCUGACUAACCUGAGAGACUUUGGGAUGGGCAAGAAGGCAGCUGAGGAGAAAAUCAUACAAGAAUGCCAAUAUCUGAUCCAAGAAUUUGAGAAAUAUGAGGGCAAAGCAUUUGACACCAAACAUCUGCUGAAUUAUGCUGCUUCCAAUAUGAUCUCAUCCAUCGUAUACGGUAUCAGAUUUGAAUACAAUGACCCGCAAUUCCAAGCCAUGGUGGACAGGAUCAAUGAGAAUAUACAUCUAGCGGGCACAGCACCAAUCCAGCUGUACAAUAUGUUUCCCUGGCUGGGCAGCUGGAUAAAGAGCUGGAGGAUGCUGAUGAAGAAUAUCAAAAUGAAUGUAAGAGAAACUAGGGAUGUAAUCAGGCAUCUGAAAGAGACACUGAAUCCCCACAUGUGCAGGGGAAUUGUGGAUUCCUUUCUGAUCCGUAAACAAAAAGAGGAGAAUUCAGGAGUCCUGGACUCUCACUACCAUGAGGAGAACCUGAUAGUCACAGUUAACAACCUGUUUGCUGCUGGCACUGAUACAACAGGAACUACGUUGAGAUGGAGUCUGCUGCUGAUGGCCAAAUAUCCACAUAUACAAGACCAGGUCCAGGAGGAGCUGAGCAGGGUAAUAGGAAAUCGUCAGGUUGUGGUAGAGGACAGGAAGAACCUGCCCUUUACUGAUGCCGUCAUCCAUGAGACCCAGAGACUGGCCAGUGUCACCCCCAUCGCGAUUCCUCACAUCACCAGCCAAGAUGUCACCUUCCAGGGUUACUUUAUCAAGAAGGGGACAACUGUAUAUCCUUUGCUGAUAUCUGUCCUUAACGAUGAAAGUGAAUGGGAGAGCCCUCACACAUUCAACCCAGCACAUUUCUUAGAUGAGAAUGGAAAAUUUGUGAGAAAUAAUGGAUUCAUGCCCUUCUCUGCCGGUCGCAGGGUAUGUGUAGGGGAGAGCCUGGCCAGGAUGGAGCUCUUCCUCUUCUUCACCUCCCUCCUGCAGCGCUUUCGUUUCACCCCUCCACCUGGGGUGACAGAGGAAGAACUGGAUCUGACUCCAGCAGAGGGCUUCAACCUCUGCCCUGCACCUCACCAGCUGUGCGCUGUCAAACAGUUUUAGGGGAAAGUGCUGGAGCAUUUGUUUCUAGACAAAAAUAAAUAGAUAAUUAAAUAAACAGAGAACGAACGCUGAUUCUAAAAA